AGAACCACCCACAGCAAGAGGUUUCUUCUCUUCUUCGUAUUCUUUUUCUCUACUGUCCGAAGACCAACGGGCAGCCUUCACAGUGGUGCCUUGUGCGAACCGGACACCUAAUAAGCACACACACACACAAACAACAGCAAUAUACAUGACCUCGACGGUGUACUCGCGCCUCCCGCCCCCAUCGCCCCCAUCGGCCGAUGACGCAGAGGAGGGCAAAUACGCAGCAGCGGAAGAGCUGAUGGCGGCUCCGCUGACACGUGCGAACGUCACUCUCCUCCAGGCCCUCUCGCAGCCGUCGCGUCUGCGCCGCCGUGUGGCGCCCACGUUUGAAAUCCUCAGCUGGGACGGACCGGAGCAGAUGACGUACAACCUCAACAGCUACCGGGCGCCUGGCACCCAGCUGUCUUCACGUACCAUCAACAGGAACGUCGAUAGAGACGGCUACAACGGGCAACGCUACCACGACGAUGACGAUGGUCACGUGGGUUCUGCGUGGCGUGGGGAUCGCGGCAGCGGGGUGGCGGCAGCGGAGGAGGACGUCGCGCCCCCGUCUUUGUAUUCGAGGGCUGAUGAACGUGCCGGAGGUGCGAGGAGUGCAGAGAGAGACGAGGAGGAGGUGCGAGCAUCGCGUCAGCACCCAGAGCGGCCGCCACCACCGCUGCCUUGGAGCCGGCAAUACGAGCCGUCGAGUACGAGCAGCGGCACCCGGCUGCGCCCACGCCCGUCCGACGACCGCGACGAUGAUGACGAAGCUUGGCAGGAAGGCGGUGACCCCGACGAAGAAGACGUCAGUGAGGUAGACUACGAACCGAACCACUACGACAACCACCACGACAACGUUCUGCCUAGUGGCGGGGAGCCAAACAAGACCGGCCGGCUCAACAUGCGCGCCUUUGAAGAGCGGUUCAACGCGGCGGACGAGGCCCCGGCGCUGCAGGCGGGCGAGACGGGCAAGAACGGGACUACUCGCCGUGAGGAUCUACCGAUGCGCGUGAUCUAUGCGUCGCACGACAGCGACGACGCCUCUUAUCGCAAGCGACCGGUCGACGUACCGCCGCCGCCACCGCCACCUCCGCCGCGGCGGCAGUGGGGCGGCCAGCCUCAGGAGCGUGAGGAGGACUGUAACGUGGACCGCAGCCGCCCAGCUCGUUUCAGAGAAGAGGCGGGCUCGGCCGAGGCAAGCGGCAGCAGUGGUCGUGGGCGCGGUGCACUGCGUGAGGAGGGGCGGGGCAGCUUCGAUGAAGACCGAGACGACGACGGAAGUGCGAGGGAGUUUGACGAAGACACUGGGAAAGGCCGCCGCCCACUGCGCGAUACGUGGGAGCGUCCACGCUCUGACCACCACGACACCAGCUGCAGAAACGAUGCGCGUCCUCAUCGUGGCAGCUACAACGAAGCACACAACGACGACCACAACACCUCUCCUUCUUCCUCCUCCGUUCCACAGGGUGACGCUCGUGCCGCAGACAGGGAGAAGGAGGAGCACCGGAGCGACGACCCCUACUACCGCCCCUACGAUGACGAUUAUACUGAUGACGAAGAUGAGGCGUUGUGUGGCGAGGUGAUAUCGUGCGACAGCUACGACGCAGAGCGGAAGCCGCCGCAACGCCCACCGCGACGGCCGCAGCCCGCUUCGCACCCCACCCGUCGCAGCGCCCCUCGGACCGUCCCGCCACCGCCGGCAGCGCCGGUCCACGGCCACUCUAGCCCGAAGGGGCCGCAGCUCCACGCGAGACGCGGGGAGAAGACGGCACCGCAGAACAAGCGGAAGAGGACCGCGCGACACAAUCCGAAGGCGUUUAAAAACACGACGACAUACUCGUGGAUCUCAACCAACACGACGACGACUGUAAUCCUACCUGCCGCGACGGUGCAGCUGGUGCCGCUCGCAGGGGUCUAUCACCCGGUGGUGGAGGAGGUGCCGACGGAGGAGCGCUGGGCCUCGUCGCCGUACCAGCAGGGCGUACCGCAGGUGGGGCCGCCUCGCGGAGCCGAGUAUCCGCAUCGACCGUCGCAGAUGACGGUGUUAGACGACAGCGCCGAGGAGGCCGCGAGCGACUCGCGGGGGCGUGUGCGGAAUUCGCUGCCGCAGCUGCCGCGACGUGCGUAUGAUAGCGCGAUGAACGCAAACCUACGCGGCAGCGUGCCGGAGAUGUAA